GCUGCCCUCUCUCCCCGGAUGACGGGUGGCAGGAUAACAUGGAGUCGGGCAAGAUGGCGCCUCCCAAGAACGCUCCGAGAGAUGCCUUGGUGAUGGCACAAAUCCUGAAGGAUAUGGGAAUUACGGAGUAUGAACCAAGGGUUAUAAAUCAAAUGUUGGAAUUUGCUUUCCGAUAUGUGACUACAAUUCUGGAUGAUGCAAAAAUUUAUUCAAGUCAUGCUAAGAAACCUAAUGUUGAUGCAGAUGAUGUAAGGCUGGCAAUCCAGUGUCGUGCUGAUCAAUCUUUUACUUCUCCUCCCCCAAGAGAUUUUUUACUAGAUAUUGCAAGGCAGAAAAAUCAAACCCCUUUACCACUGAUUAAGCCAUAUGCAGGACCCAGACUGCCACCUGACAGAUACUGCUUAACAGCUCCAAACUAUAGACUGAAGUCCUUAAUUAAAAAGGGACCUAACCAAGGAAGACUAGUUCCACGGUUAAGUGUUGGUGCUAUUAGUAGUAGACCUUCCACUCCUACUGUAGCAACCCCACAAACAGCAUCUGUCCCAAACAAAGUUGCACCUCCAGUGUCAGUGACAAGCCAAAGAUUUACCGUGCAGAUUCCGCCUUCUCAGUCUACACCUGUCAAAUCAGUUCCUGCAACAACUGCAGUUCAAAAUGUUCUGAUUAAUCCUUCAAUAAUUGGGCCCAAAAAUAUUCUCAUUACCACCAACAUGGUUUCAUCACAGAACAUGGCCAAUGAAUCAAACCCAUUGAAGAGAAAACACGAAGAUGAUGAUGAUGAUGAUGAUAAUGACACUAUGUAAAGAAUACAAUCAAGAUGUAUUUCAAAUGUUGGUUUGGAGCCCAUUAUACUAAACUAGAAUAUUCUAUCUUCUCAAGUUUUAUCUUAGAAAACUUAAAAGUAGCUGCAGUAUUUUUCAUAUUAGCUUAAACUGUUAGAUUUCUCUUUUUUAAACUGUUAGAUAUCUUAAGUAAGCAUACCAAUGCUUUUUCAUUAGGCUUCAAGUAAAGAAGUAUUUGUUUCUUAAUAUUUUGAUUAAUGUUGAAUUCUAUAACAAUUUUAUAUUUGGAAGCAGUUUUCUGCCAUGUAUUAUCACGGACAGUAGCACUCAAGUGUCAGCUUCUACAGCCUUAUCAGUGGACAUUAGUACAGCAUAAUUUCUAAUUUACAUUUAAAUACUUUUGUAAGGUAAAAUAGUCACAAUUUUGGUUUUCACCAACUUUUUUGACCAAAUCUCUAAAUUUAGGAAAUAUUUUUUGGAAAGGAUAGAUUUAAAGGGAUUCUAAAUUCAUUUUGAGUGUAUUUGUUUCUUGGUAUUCCCUAACUUCCCACCUCCUCAACCCAGUUUCUAGAUCCCAUUCAUUUCUGUAUCACCUCUUCCCCAUAGGCCUAAGUUUCUACCAAUACUCUUAGAAGGCCAAAACUUGAACUUAAAAAGUGUAAUUCCUAAUAGUACAGAGUUCAGUGUCAUUUUCCUAUUUUUAAAACCUGCUUUACAUGCCUAAAGGUUUGCUUUGCUGUUUUUCUCUCCAUAUUAGAGCAGUUGAGUUUUAUCCAUUGCCUUUUAUGCUGUUUGGGCUUUCCUCUGCUUUUAACAGGUAGUUUUGGGUCAGUUAGUUUGUCUUAUAUUGCAAAUGGAUAACACCACAUAUUUCAUAUUUCUAAUGUUAACAGAGAUGCCAUAGCUUAAAAUCUGCCUUGAAAAGUAUAUUUACACUGGACCUAGGCAGAAACCACUAAAGAGCAAGUGUUUUUUUCCUACCAUACAUACAUGCUAUGUUCACUACUGCUUGAACUCUUCUAUUGAUAUAAUUCAUUUUUCUAGCUUGUUGCUGAGGAUAUCAUACAUGAGAUGGCAUCAGACCUGAAAAUCCUCUAGAAGGCCAACAACAAAAUCAAAUCAGUGUAAUGUGACCUGCAUUUAGGUGUACUAUGCAUAGGUUUCCUGGUAAUGUUGCUAAACACCUUUCAUUAUUUUCCACUUAUACACAUGUAAGCAUCUUAGGGGAAAACAUUGCAAAGCUUUCAAAAAUAUAAAUAGGCUUGUUGUUUUUAAGUAAGUUUGACAUAUUCAAUAUAGGAAUACUUUUGCAGUUUUCUAAAAUAAAUUUUCAUAUAUCAUAAUUUAGAACUUACAGCCAAGGAUCCUCAAACUUAAAGCACAAAGUUUCAUGUUAGGAUGGUGCUUGAUACAUUGAAGAGAAAUAGUCCAGUGACAGAGAAGACCUGUCUUAUCACAGUUUGAGUGUUUUUAGAUACUAGGAAAAAGGUGGUAUCAAACUUAUAAAAACAGGUCCAAUCAUGAUAGGAGAAAGAUGUUCAUUAUAUAGCAUAGGAUUAUCAUUACUUGAAUGUUCUCAGGGAAGCAGCAUGUCAAAAAGCCUAGGUUCUAGUCCUGGCUCCAUCAAUUACCAACUAUGUGACCUUACUUCACCUCUGAACCUAGUUCUCAGUAAUAGAAAAAUAACACCAACCCUGCCUACCUCACAGGGAUGUUGUGAGGGUUUAAUUGGUAUAUGAGAAAAUUCUGUCAAAAUUGUAAAAUGGUUUAUAACACCAAGAAAGUGUUAAUGUAUUUGUUCUAAGAUUAUUAAUAAAAAAUUGAACUUA